UCGUCUCUAGCUCUUGAUCCGUUCGAUCUGCCAUUGUCGAUCGGAUCGAGCGAGGGAGCUCGACGUACGUAUCAGGCAUGGAGUCUAGCCCUAGGGCAGUCGGCGUUGCGGCCUCGGCGUCGCUUGCUCUGCUCGUAGCGGCUCUCGCGGCCGUCGCCGGCGCCGAGGGCGGCUAUCCGUUCGGGUUCACGGAGGGCUACUACGAUGGGACGUGCCCCAGCGUGCAGAGCGUCGUGCGCUCGGUGAUGGAGCGCCACGCCGCCGCCAACCCGAGGACGGCGCCGGCCAUCCUCCGCCUCUUCUUCCACGACUGCUUCGUCAACGGGUGCGACGCCUCCGUCCUCCUGGACGCUACGGGUUCCAUGGAGAGCGAGAAGGACGCGGAGCCCAACGCCUCCCUCUUCGGCUUCAACGUGAUCGACGACAUCAAGUCGGAGCUCGAGAAGAGCUGCCCGGCCACCGUCUCCUGCGCCGACGUCCUCGCCCUCGCCGCCCGCGACGCCGUGGCCAUGCUCGGCGGGCCCAGCUGGAGCGUGCCGCUCGGCCGCAAGGACUCCCUCACCGCGACCAGCACGGACGACACCAAGAAGAGCCUCCCGAGCACGACGGACAGCCUGUCGGAGCUCGUCAGGAUGUUCGGGGAGAACGGCCUCGACGAGCGCGACCUCACCGCGCUCUCCGGCGCGCACACCGUCGGCAUGACGCACAACUGCAAGCACUACGAGGAGCGCAUCUACGACCAACGCGGCCAGGGCGGCGACAGCAUCGACCCGUCCUUCGCGGCGCUCCGCCGGCAGGAGUGCGCGGAGAAGAACAACGAGCCCACGGUGCCGUUCGACGAGCGGACGCCGGCCAAGUUCGACAACGCCUACUUCGUCAACCUGCUGGCGCGGCGGGGGCUCCUCACCUCCGACCAGGUUCUCUACAGCCAGGGGUGCGAGGCGGGGGACCUGGUGAAGACGUACGCCAUGAACGGCGAGGUGUUCUUCGCGGACUUCGCGAGGGCGAUGGUGAAGAUGGGGAACAUACGCCCCAAGCAGUGGUGGGCUCCGGCGGAGGUCAGGCUCAAGUGCUCGGUGGCCAACGGCCAUUAUUGAUGCAUUGCAUGCUUCUGCUGAUCCUGUUGUUACGUAUUGUCUCGAGUGCAACACAAUUAAUUAUGUUGGACUCAUGCAUGUAAUUGUGGAUUUUGUUU